CAAACCCAAUUCCUGGUGUCCCCUAGUCUUGGCGGAGGAGCCUUUUAGAUGAGCCCCGAAAGGCCGGGCAGGGAAGACCAGCUCUUUGGGGCUACCAAAAGGAAGCAGCAAUGCCUGUUGUGUGGCCAACCCUUUUGGAUCUUAGUAGGGAUGAAUGUAAAAGGAUUCUUCGAAAAUUGGAAUUGGAGGCAUAUGCUGGAGUUAUCAGUGCACUUCGGGCACAGGGGGAUCUCACCAAGGAAAAGAAAGAUCUUCUUGGAGAACUAUCAAAAGUGCUUAGCAUCUCAACAGAACGCCACCGGGCUGAAGUUCGGAGAGCAGUAAACGAUGAACGGUUAACAACAAUUGCACAUAAAAUGAAUUUAUCCUUAUAUUUGGGUGAAAGACCAAGUUACAGUAUGUCUGGACCUAAUAGCUCUUCAGAAUGGUCCAUUGAAGGUCGUCGAUUGGUACCACUUAUGCCUCGGCUGGUUCCCCAAACCGCCUUCACUGUAACAGCUAAUGCUGUUGCCAAUGCAGCUAUCCAGCACAAUGCGUCUCUUCCAGUGCCUGCAGAAACAGGAAGCAAAGAAGUAGUGGUUUGCUAUUCCUACACAAGUACCACGUCAACCCCAACCUCUACCCCUGUUCCAAGUGGCAGCAUAGCAACGGUUAAGUCUCCGAGACCUGCCAGUCCUGCCUCCAAUGUAGUUGUCUUGCCAAGUGGAAGUACUGUUUAUGUCAAAAGCGUUAGCUGUUCAGAUGAAGAUGAAAAGCCUAGAAAACGAAGACGAACAAACUCGUCUAGUUCCCCGCCUGUCGUCCUAAAGGAAGUGCCAAGGACUGUGGUUCCUGUUUCAAAGACGAUCACUGUGCCUGUGAGUGGCAGCCCCAAGAUGAGCAACAUCAUGCAGAGCAUUGCCAACUCCUUGCCACCUCACAUGUCUCCUGUGAAGAUAACCUUCACCAAACCUUCCACCCAGACAACAAACACCACAACGCAGAAGGUUAUUAUAGUGACCACAUCACCAAGUUCCACCUUCGUGCCCAACAUCCUCUCAAAAUCCCACAACUAUGCAGCAGUCACCAAGCUUGUACCAACAUCAGUCAUUGCUUCCACAACCCAGAAACCGCCAGUGGUUAUAACUGCUUCACAGUCUUCUCUGCUCAGUAGUAGCAGCAGUGGCAACAGCAGCAGCUCUACACCAUCACCUAUUCCUAACACAGUUGCAGUAACAGCUGUAGUAUCUUCCACACCAUCUGUGGUCAUGUCAACAGUAGCACAAGGUGUGUCGACAUCAGCAAUCAAAAUGGCAUCAGCCAGACUUCCUUCCCCCAAAAGCCUAGUGGGUGCACCCACUCAGAUUCUUGCCCACUUUCCCAAACAGCAGCAGCAGGCUUCGAAGCAGCAGUUACAUCAAUCGCAGCAGCAGACACAGCACCAGGUGGCGCAGCCCGCGCCUGUCUCUCAGCAGCAGCCACCGCAGCAGCAGUCUCCUUUGCCAGCUGGUAUCAAGCCUACCAUCCAAAUCAAACAGGAGUCAGGUGUUAAAAUCAUCACACAACAGGUUCAACCGAGUAAAAUCUUACCUAAACCAGUGACGGCAACUCUGCCCACCAGUAGUAAUUCCCCUAUAAUGGUGGUUAGCAGUAAUGGUGCAAUUAUGACAACGAAGCUGGUAACCACUCCAACUGGCACACAGGCAACCUAUACUCGGCCAACGGUGAGCCCAUCCAUAGGUCGAAUGGCUGCAACCCCGGGAGCUGCGACCUAUGUGAAAACUACCAGUGGUAGCAUCAUUACAGUUGUACCCAAGUCCUUGGCUACCUUGGGGGGCAAGAUCAUUAGUAGUAAUAUAGUUUCCGGAACCACCACCAAAAUCACUACAAUCCCAAUGACUUCCAAGCCCAAUGUGAUUGUUGUGCAAAAGACUACAGGAAAAGGAACGACCAUUCAAGGCCUCCCGGGCAAAAAUGUUGUCACAACAUUGCUAAAUGCUGGAGGAGAAAAGACUCUUCAGACAGUGCCAACAGGAGCAAAACCAGCUAUCAUUACUGCUACAAGACCCAUCACCAAAAUGAUUGUAACUCAGCCAAAAGGAAUAGGUUCCACAGUUCAACCAGCAGCUAAGAUCAUCCCAACAAAAAUUGUUUAUGGACAGCAAGGGAAAACACAGGUUCUUAUUAAACCUAAACCAGUGACAUUUCAGGCUACAGUUGUUAGUGAACAAACAAGGCAGCUGGUAACAGAAACAUUACAGCAAGCAUCCAGGGUAGCAGAGGCUGGUAAUGCAUCUGUUCAGGAGGGAAAGGAAGAGUCACAGAGUUACACAGAUAGUAGUUCCUCUUCUACAGAGUCCUCCCAAAGUUCUCAAGAUUCCCAGCCUGUAGUUCAUGUAAUUGCUUCCCGGCGUCAGGAUUGGUCAGAACAUGAGAUUGCAAUGGAGACUAGCCCCACCAUAAUUUAUCAGGAUGUAUCCAGUGAAUCACAGUCCGCUACUUCAACAAUCAAAGCUCUGUUAGAACUCCAACAGACAACAGUAAAGGAAAAAUUGGAAUCUAAACCAAGACAACCCACUAUUGACUUGAGUCAGAUGGCAGUGCCGAUUCAGAUGGCCCAGGAAAAGAGACAUUCUCCUGAGAGUCCAUCAGUUGCUGUGGUAGAGUCAGAACUAGUUGCUGAGUACAUCACGACGGUCAGCCAUCGUUCCCAGCCCCAACAGCCCUCUCAGCCCCAGAGGACCCUGCUUCAGCACGUGGCUCAGUCCCAGACUGCGACCCAGACCUCGGUGGUGGUGAAGUCCAUCCCGGCAUCUUCCACUGGGGCCAUCACUCACAUCAUGCAGCAGGCGCUAAGCAGUCACACUGCUUUCACCAAACACAGCGAGGAACUUGGGACUGAGGAAGGCGAGGUGGAAGAGAUGGACACUUUAGACCCCCAGACAGGUCUCUUUUACCGCUCUGCACUGACUCCGUCACAGUCAGCCAAACAGCAGAAGCUUGGCCAGCCCCAGCUGGAACCGACUCAGCUGCAGGUGAAAACUCUGCAGUGCUUCCAGACCAAACAGAAGCAGACCAUCCACCUGCAGGCAGAGCAGCUCCAGCACAAACUCCCGCAAAUGCCCCAGCUGUCCAUCAGGCACCAGAAACUCACCCCACUUCAACAAGAACAAGCACAGCCCAAGCCAGAUGUACAGCACACCCAGCAUGCCAUGGUGGCCAAAGACAGGCAGCUUCCGACCUUAAUGGCACAGCCCCCGCAGACUGUAGUCCAGGUGCUUGCAGUGAAAACCGCGCAGCCACUUCCAAAAUUGCAGCAAGCUCCGAGUCAACCAAAAAUCUAUGUGCAGCCCCCAGCCCCUCAGAACCAACUGCCGCUCCCAGCCUCAGAGAAACAGCCGACAAGCCAGGUGGAGCAGCCAAUUAUAACCCAAGGAUCCUCUGUUACAAAGAUCACUUUUGAGGGGCGCCAGCCUCCCACAGUUACAAAGGUAACUGGUGGCAGUUCUGUACCUAAGCUGACAUCACCGAUUACAAGCAUGUCUCCCAUGCAGGCCUCUGAGAAGACAGCAGUGUCAGACAUUUUGAAAAUGUCUUUGAUGGAAGCUCAGAUUGACACUAAUGUAGAGCAUAUGGUAGUGGAUGCCCCAAAGAAGGUUCUUGCCACUAGCAUGCUCCCUGGUGAAGCAGCAUCGUUGCCUUCCACGCAUGUGGUGGUGGCGGGCAUGGCAAAUUCUACUUCCCAGCAACAGAAAUGCAGAGAGUCCUGCUCCAGCCCAUCUGCAGCGGGCCCCGCCCUCACGACAAGGACAGCCGAUGCCCCAGCAGUGCCUCCGACGGGCCAGUUCGUGCGCAUUCAGAAUGUAGGCCAAAAGAACGCUGAGGAGAGCCCAGCAGAGAUUAUCAUCCAGGCCAUUCCCCAGUAUGCGAUUCCCUGUCACUCCAGCUCCAACGUGGUGGUCGAGCCCAGCGGGCUCCUGGAGCUCAACAACUUCACCAGUCAGCAGCUGGACGACGAGGAGACGGCCAUGGAGCAGGACGUAGACAGUAGCACGGAGGAUGGGACUGAGCCCAGCCCCUCUCAGAGUGCCGUGGACCGGUCCUAGUGUUGGGGACACAGGAGUGCACUUUAAAACCUGCGUGAUUACCAGGAGCCCAGGGAAACCCUUGUAUUUUGAUGUCUGAAGAGAGCACUUUGCCCAUUAGUAGGCUGUGGAUGCUGAAACAGCAGCGUUGCAACGAGAUAUUGCUUCAGGAGCAGCGUUUAAAACAAGAUAAACUCCCGGGAGAAUGUACUGUUUUUUUAAAAAAAAGAAAAACAAAAAUGCUUAAAAAAAAUGCACAUCUACAGUGACUUAAGACUUUGUUCUUUUUUCUGUUGGACAAUGGCCGAUGGAAAAGUUUGUCUUGUGCUGGAAAGAGACUUUUCCUGUGAAUGUUUCCCAGUUGGUUUCUACUGAGCAAAACAUCAAAAGAGAAGAAUGUGACGAGUUUGUACUUUGAAAUGGUGUGUCAGGAACUUUUUUUUUUAACCUUCUAUGUUUUUGCAAAUCCUUGCAAGUGUUGGACAGGUUGGCAUUUGACGUUUGCUCAGUUUAUAAUUUUUAAAAUACAUAGAAAAUGCUGGCAUUAAAGAAUCCUCGUUGGAUGGUGGAAAGCAGAUGACUAACCGUGGAAAGUGCUUUUUGGGUGGCCUGUACAUUCUCGCCAGUUGUAUGCUAACUUAUUGUGUUGAUUCUCCGUGCUUUCGACAGCACACUUUGCCUUUUAUUUAUUGAAGUGUAAAAAUUUCAAGGCUGUCCGUGUUCCUUCUGGCACACUGCCUGUGAAGCAGGAUUGCCGACUCUCUCCGCCUCUCCCCCCGCCGCCCCUCUAAAACACUUGAGAAAACUGUUUCAUUGUGAAACCGGGGAAAAGAAACAUUUUCUGGCCCAAAGGAAAUGUUCGGUGAUAUUAAGGAAAACAAAUGAUUCAUUCACGGGAUGCUUUCUUACAUUGAAAUUGCACAUUUAUGUUGGACUGAGACUUUGAAGUAACUUUUAUAUACUUGUGUUUAACCCCUUUGAACUGUAUAAAAGGCUCACUUAAAGCCCUACAUGUAAUGUUUUUAAGCCUUUAACCUUUUUAGGACGCAGUUUGUUAAGCAAUAUGUUUGGGACUUGUGCUCACCGCCUUGUCUUGAGUAGAACGAGGGUCAGGGGGUGCGGGUAGGGUCAGUUUGACGAGCUGUGGCAAAGGAAACGAUACUUUUCAUUUUUUAAAAAAAAUGUAAAUAGAAAAGUUUUUAACGGUUUUAUAUAGAUUUCACUAUAAAUAAGCAUUUUAAGACUGACAGAUGUGGAACUGUAUAUACACAUAUUAUCAGCCUAACUGCCCAAUUUUUUGGUGCUGAAGUACUGUAAGUAGAACUCAUCAACAGUCUCCUCAGUUUUUCGCAUGUACAUCUGAGAAACAAGCGAGAAAAGCUGUGAUGUAGCGUUAAUGAAUUCCAACCAGAGGACCACUGAAGUUUGAGAUCAUGCAUUCGGGAGAUGCACCGGCCUGUGGGGUCAUCAGUGUUUCUACUCUGUGAUAAUGACUUACCCAUAGAUGGAGCUGUUGGUUAUUAUUUUAUUGUACAAAUUCAUGUUUCAACAACUUUGUGACUAUUUCUAGUUAAAUAUUUUUUUUAACUUC